UUCAGACCAUUUUUGUUGGUCUCUGUGUGUGAUUCACGAUGAACAAGAUGAAGGAGAAGAAAAAAAUCACAGAGAAGAUACUAAAUCACGCGCUGGAGAUUAUCUAUCUACUGACUGGAGAGAAAUAUAUCCUUGUGAAAAAGAAUUCUCCCCACAGCAGCGUACACCAGCUAACCGGCGAGGUUUCCAUUAAAUGUGAUGAUGUUGCUGUCUAUUUCUCUAUGGAAGAGUGGGACUAUAUAGAAGGACACAAGGACGUCUAUAAAGCUGUGAUGAUAGAGGAUGAUCCUCACAUAUCCAGGAAUUCGGAAAUCCCAGCACCUAAGAUCGCAGAGACAUCUAAAGAACAUCUGGACCCUGUACAAAGUAGUGAUGCAGAACAGUGCAGACAAGAUACAGAGGAUAAUCAGUCGGCGCAAAUUAAUUCUAAGCCCAAGGCAGAAAUCUCCACUUGUAAAGAAAUUGUUGACGUUAUUUCAAAUGGGGAAAAAAGUGAUGAGACAACUGACAAUUCUACUCAACCAGCGAUGAAGUCUUCAAACUCCUCUGUAGAAAAUCUAGACACGAUCAUAACUGAAGAUAAAGAAGUGGUUACAAGUUGUGUUCAACUAGCAAAGGAAUCUUCAAAUACUGCAGAAAAGAAAACGGAACUAGCGGAAGAUGCUACUUCGAGGUACCAGACAGGAAUUCAGGACCAAAAGCAUGAAGCAGAUUCAGACGCAAGUCUUCUUGACGAAAGUGUAGACACCAUAUUAAUUAGCGAGGAUGAAGAAGAUGAAAAGAAUUUUCAAAAGGCGGAUUUAUAUUCAGACUCUUACGCAGAAUACUCGUUACAAGCAGAAGGACCUCUGUACAGAAACACGUUUGAAGAGUCGAUCACAGUGGACCGUUCCUCAAAUCUGAUGGUGGAGAACAUCUCAAAUAUGUUUCAAGCUAAGCCUGAAGGAAACUCUCUUUACUCAUCAUCCUUUUGCAACCCUCAUUCAUCUGUAUCGUAUAACUGUGAACAAUCUAUGGACUCUCCAAACAGGAAUUUUGUCAAUAGCUGCAACAACAUAGCGAUGACAAAUAUGCAAAAUGACAAGAAAAUUAGCAUACAUUAUGCUAACAUAAUUAAUAGAAUGCCCUUGUAUAACGAUGAUCUGUUGACACAUAGAGAAGAAAAAACCCAUCAAUGCAAUGUAUGUGGCAAACAGUUUCCUUACAAGUCUCGUCUUACUAUACAUCUGAGAUCUCAUACCGGAGAGAAGCCCCAUGGUUGCAAUGAAUGUGGCAAACGUUUUGCGGACAAAUCAAAUCUGUCCGUGCAUCAGAGAUCACACACAGAUGAUAGGCCGCAUAAAUGCAAUGUAUGUGGCAAACGGUUCCUUACUAAAACUAAACUUAUUGUACAUUACAGAUCCCACACUGGUGAGAAACCUUAUAGAUGCUUUGAAUGUGGGAGACAUUUUGCAGACAAAUCUAAUCUUGUUGCCCAUCGUAGGAUUCAUAGAGGAGGAGUAUCAUAGCUUUGAUGAAUAGUUUAUUUGUCAACAGAAUUCAUGUUUUGCAUCAGUCAUGUACUAUGGAAGAAUAUAAUUUAUAGAGCGUCUUUCUUCCCAAAGGAACUUAAAAAAACAUUAGUGCACUACCCUGGAGUUGCUAAACUGCUUUUAAUACUGGACUUAAUGGUACGAUUUAACUUGGUAGGAUGAGUGGUUAAGUGUCCACUCAACUUGUAACCUUAAAGGGACAGACUACACCAGAAUAUUUAUUGUUUUAAAAGAUAGAUAAUCCCUUUAUUACCCAUUCCCUAGUUUUCUGUAACCAACACAGUUAUAUUAAUACACUUUUUACCUCUAUGAUUAUCUUGUAUCUAAGCCUCUGCAAACUGCUCCCUUAUUUCAGUUCUUUUGACAGACUUGCAUUUUAUCCAAUCAGGCUGGCUCCUAGGAACUCCAUGUGCGUGAGCACAGUGUUAUCUAUAUGAAACACAUGAACUAACACCCUCUAGUGGUUAAAAACUGUCAAAAUGCCCUGAGCUAAGAGGCGGCCUUCAAGGGCUUAGUAAUUAGCAUAUGAACCUCAAUUAAGAAUACCAAGAGAACAAAGCAAAAUUGAUGAUAGAAGUAAAUUGGAAAAUUGUUUAAAAUGACGUGCUCUAUCUGAAUAAUGAAAGUUUGUUUUAGACUAGACUGUCUCUUUUAAAGAAACUUGCAACCUUAAAGUUAUUGCAUUUUGCUGAUGAACCAACCUGAGCAUUAUCUGAAGGCUCCUAGAUAUGGUUUAUUAUGAUGAACCAA